AUGGACCGCGACGCGAACCCUGAACCGCCCGACCGCGACGAACACGACGAACGCGAAGAUUCACCGCCACAAUUGUCGAGACCGAGACGCACCACCAGACCGCCGAAUAAUUAUGCUCGGGAGCAAGAGAUCGACAACGAGCAGACAAAGGCACGCUCCCAACAGAGGCAAAGAAUCCAGGACAAGCCAGGGACCCAAUGUGACGCAGCAAUUUCCGACGAGUCGGCGACAGAGAGCGACGACCCAAGUGCCGCCAAUAAACUCUGGCAAGAGAUCAGACGACCGGAUGAUUUACAAAGAAAAGAGCUCCGGAAUGUCGGAAAAUAA